GGUGAAAAGUGAUGUGCAGUGAAGAAGAGAUGAUCAAUAAACGCAUGGAUAAUCAUUUCCAAUUCAGCUGGGGCCCAUGGACCUGAGUUUUCUUCCUCAGCUGGCAGAAGCAGUCUGAGCGAACCAGUCAAUUAACAUGCUGAAUGGUGAAUUCAAAGCCAGCUGGUCCAUUAAAACACCAACGGAUGGUAGCCUAUAUCUCAGGUUCAACAGAAACAGAAGUGUAAGGACUCAGUGUGCUGACUGACCUGGUAUAUUGGUGGAUUCCGUUCAAAAACCAGAUGGCAUUUCGGUACAGAGACAUAUUAUCAAGAAUAAAUAAUCCCAAGAAGUGCACCAGCUUUGCCUUGUCGACCGCUGUGACAGACGAGCAUCACAUGAAGCAGACAGAGGAGGAGCACUUGCUGCUCUCUGCCGACACCACACGGGAAUAACACCAAAACACUCAGCCAGACACUGACAGUCAAGGGAUUUUAGUUAGUUAGUUUUAUCAGCUCAUUUAUUGAAAUGCUCUGUACAAAUCAUGUGGGAGACCUUCAAAGGCUGUGGUGGGGCUGAGCCUGCAUCCCCUGGAACACAAAUCUACAAUUACCACAUCCAAGUUGGUUGUGUGAGGUGUGGUGACGCGUCCGACAGGCACCGCUCCACCGGCGGCAACGAGGGCGGAGUUAACCAACUUUCACGCUGACUGGUGCGGACGACGGAUAAGAUAUGCGCUCACUCGGUCCAGUUGACCCUUUGUUAGGGUUAAAGUGAUUAUUUAUUGUCAUCUUUUCAUAGCUUUCUAACUCUUGGCGCAGCGUCAAAAUGAUGCGCUUCCUGCUGCUCUUCAGUCGCCAGGGGAAGCUGCGUCUGCAGAAGUGGUUCACUCCCAUGUCGGAACGUGAGAAGAAGAAGAUUAUCAGGGACAUGACCACAAUGGUGUUGGCACGGCAACCCCGCUCCUGUAACUUCCUGCACUGGAAAGACCUGAAGAUUAUUUACAAGAGGUAUGCAAGCUUGUUCUUCUGCUUGGCCAUAGAGAACCAGGAGAAUGAGCUGAUAGCCCUGGAGGUUAUUCAUCGCUACGUGGAGCUGCUGGACAAAUACUUUGGCAAUGUGUGUGAGCUGGACAUAAUCUUUAACUUUGAGAAGGCCUAUUUUAUCCUGGAUGAGUUUCUAAUGGGAGGCGAAAUACAAGAAACCUCCAAACAAAUGGUGAACCGCUCCAUUGAAGCCUCGGACAUGUUACAGGAGGAUGACAGCAGUGAGUGGUUUGAGGUGGAGCUGUUUGGAUGACAUGGAAUAUGGACAGAAAGACCAUGGAGGAGUAUAUGAGCAAACCUGCAUUUUAACCCAUGGGGGAGGGGAAGGACAUAAAGGAAAAAUCGGGGAGGAACCCAGGACCCGAAUGUACUGUAUUUGAGUCAAAAGAAGUUUCUGAAUAUGGAUAUGGAUUUUACUUAGAUUCUAUUGAACCUUUUUCAAAAGAAGACAAGGGAAUGUCUUCUAACUUCUGCCUGAAGCUUUGCUGCAAUGUAACUGCCUUUUGAGAGUAAGUCUGAUAUUUGUCCUGCACUCAACUGAAGGAAGGGGGGAGGGUUGUUUUCACAUUGAUUGCCGUUAUGGAAAUAUAAAUGAAGUAGUAAUAGUAUCUGGGGUGUAAAAAGGGAUUUUAGGGGUAUGCAUUUGUUGAGUUUAUAUUUAAAUCGUGUAUAUGAUUCAUAUGAUAUAUUUGAAGUGAAUGAUUUUAUUCCAAAAACCCUACCCAAAAAUUGUGCUAAUCUGCAACUCCAAUUUAAUAAAAAAAAAAAAAAAAAAAUGUGAUUUCAGUCUUAAAAACAAGCGCUUUCAACAGAUUGGAGUGAGACUGAUUUAAUAAUGGAUUUCCUAUUUUUAAUCUGUACAUGCCUAUUUCACAUGUGUGGGACCGUUUGUAUUUAAACGGAACAGUUGCUGUGGGUAUCAUGUGCAAUUUAUGAUGUUUGAGCUCAUAAUUAAAAUAUGCCUUUUGAUAAACA